AUGGCAGGUCACGGUUGCGUUGGUGUUGGGAGUGGGGGAGGUAUUGGUGGUUGCGGAAGCGGUGUAGGCGUUGCAAGUGGAGGUUCUGGAAGUGGGGGUGGUGCAAAUGCAAACGUGAACACCCACGCAGUAGUCGUUUGGGAGUACGAAUCCAGCAAUAGCAAGUGGCUACCCUACAGUCCUGAUGUCUCUCAACAUUUGGAGCGGGCACAUGCCAAAAAGUUGACGCGCGUCCUUCUCAGUGAUGCCGACCCACAACUUGAACAAUAUUAUGUUAAUAUACGGACUAUGACUCAAGAGUUAGAAGAAGACUCUGGGUUUUCCACCAUUAAUGUUCGUCGAAUGUUUUAUGUACCCAGUUCUCCACCAGGCAAGGGUACCAAAUGGGAACGUUUGGGUAGCGCGGGGCCCGGCGAUUGGCAUCCGUUCAAUAUGCAUUUACAGUGUAUAAUAGAGGAUGCGUGGUCUAAGGGCGAACAGCGGCUGGAUCUAUGCAAUACAAGAUAUGGAACACCCUACAUAAUAAAUUUUUGUAAUCUAACGCAAAUUCGUCAGCCGAAUGGACCAAUCCGUAGCAUUCGCCGUACACAACAGGCACCAUAUCCUCUUGUCAAAUUAACGCCUCAACAAGCACAGCAACUUAAUGUGAAUUUCUAUAAUGACUUCUGUACUAAACGAAACAACACCCUCCCGAAAACCUCUGCUAAAAUAAGUGACACAAAACAAUUGCAGCAGCGUAUGUCAUCCCAUAAUAAUGGGCUGGCAACGACUUCGAUGUCACAUGGCAGUCGGCAACCUCAGCCGUUGCCUCCAAUGGCAACAACAUCCAGUCAGCAUCUUCAACAUGGCCAUCACCAACAGCAACCAAUUCACCAUCAUGGCAAUUCUCACCUACAAACGAGUUCGCAUGCGCAUACACAACACCGCAGCAAGUCACACAAGAAGAACGGAGAAAUGUCCACCACUAAUUUGCGCCAUAUACUAAACAACUUGAAUAUAUUCGGAAGUAGUACAAAAAGUGGCAACCCCCAUUUGAACAACAAUAUGCCGCAGCUUGGACAUAAUUCAAUGGCUUCAUCAGUAAAUCACUUGAGUAUGCCAUUUUCACAUUCAAAAACACCACUGACUGCGUCUAUGAAAAGCCACCACAGUCGUUGUUCAGAUGGUUCUCUACAAUCUCAGCGUAGUAGCCGUUUGGGAUCGCACCGAUCACGUUCACGCACUCGUGCUUCGGACACUGACACAAACAGCAUGAAAUCGACAAGACGCCCCAGUGUAGACACUGUUUCCACCUAUUUAUCGCACGAAAGCAAAGAAAGUCUUCGUAGUCGCAAUUUCGCCAUAUCUGUAAACGAUCUGCUAGAUUGUUCGUUAGGCAGUGAUGAGGUUUUUAUACCAUCACUGCCGCCCUCCUCUCUAGGUGAACGUGCACCAGCACCCCCGCCACUUCCGCACCACGCGAGUUCGCUAAAUUUAGCGCCCUCUGUUGGAACAGCAGGAGGCUCUGUAACCGUUGGUUCCUCUCUUCACAACAUCAAGCCACAUCAAUCUCAACAACAUAUAUUAUCCUCGGCACAACAAUCGACCAUUGCCGGUUCCAUAGUGGGCGUGGAUCCGGCGAGCGAUAUGAUAUCAAGAUUUGUCAAGGUUGCCGAGCCGCCGGUGUGGCCCAACGCGCAACCGUGUCCCAUGUGCAUGGAAGAGCUGGUGCAAAGCGCACAGAAUCCGACCAUAGCACUGACGCGCUGCCAGCACUUAAUGCAUUUACAAUGCCUGAACGGAAUGAUUAUUUCGCAGCAAGGUGAAAUGUCUAAAAACCUCUUUAUUGAGUGUCCAGUAUGUGGCAUUGUUUACGGCGAGAAAGUUGGCAAUCAACCUAACGGCACCAUGUCGUGGAGUAUUAUAAGUAAAAGUUUACCCGGACAUGAAGGUCAGAACACCAUACAAAUUGUUUACGACAUUGCAUCUGGCGUGCAAACUGAGGAACAUCCCCAUCCAGGUCGUGCAUUCUUUGCCGUUGGUUUUCCGCGCGUCUGCUAUUUACCUGACUGUCCGCUUGGUCGCAAGGUAUUACGAUUCCUUAAAAUCGCUUUUGACAGACGUCUUCUCUUUUCCAUUGGCCGUUCGGUGACCACAGGGCGUGAAGACGUGGUCAUUUGGAAUAGUGUUGAUCACAAAACUCAGUUCAAUAUGUUCCCUGAUCCCACAUAUUUGCAGCGUUGCAUGCAACAAUUAGUACACUUGGGUGUCACCGAUUAAUGAACACACGCAAACUCGACCGAUCUAAACAUAUACAUAUAUAACAAACAUAUGCAUAUGUACUUAUAAGUCUUAUUCAUUAUUAUCAUAAUUUAAUUAAGUGUGCAAUUUGAAAGUGUUUCAAAGAAAGUCGGGUUUGAGUUGCUCGAACGUUAAACACCCAAGUGGCCUUUGCAUUGCGGUAACCGUAAAGUACAGAAACGUGAUGGUUGGUGAACUGUAACAAACGCAUAUUUUCAUAAGCUUUAAAAGUGUAGGUUUUAAAAAUUUACAAGACUUCCUUGAAUGUUCUUCCAUUUAUUCUCUAUUUUUUUUUUUUAUAUUUUAAGUAGUUUUAUUUUCAUAUACACACAUACAUAUACAUUUGUAAGUUUUUGUUAAAUUAGCACAGUAGCACAGUAAUUCCAGUGCAUCGCUUAGAAAUUAAGCGCCAAAAAAUGCACAUAGUUAAAAUGUGUGCCAGAACGCCAGUAUAGAUAAACUUUAUAACUGUAUUAAUUACAACAGGAUUACAUAUAUGAAUAGAACUAGUACCUCCCUUUCAAUGUUUUUUUUUAUAGUGCAAAAGAAUUUUUUUUUAUAGCAACUGCACACACAAAAUUUUUGUAAUUUGGUAGAGAAUACGAUUUUAAACAUUGCAACGAAGUUUUGUACACAUCAAGCAUACAAUUCUCUUUUGCGUAUCUCAAGUAUUGCCAAACGAAUAAAUUGUCUUUGAUAUACAUAUGUUUAUAAUACCAUAAGACAAUAGUUUUUGUAAGUUGAAUUUUUAAGUUUUAAGAAUCUCCUCCUAUAUAUGUAUGUAGGUGUAAAAAAUUGAAUUGUGUGAUCCAUGGCAUGAUUUUAAUGGUUUUUGUCUGUUUUUCUAGUUAAGAAUAUGGUAUUUUUCUUGUAAAAGUAUUUUAUAUAAUUUUAGUGUGCAUUUUUUAUUGAUACCUAUAAUUUUGUAGGAAAAUGGUGUACAAGUGGAACUGAUAAGUUAGUUUUAUUAAGAUAUAGCCGUACAGGUUUCAUGAUCUUUAGUGUAGAUUUCAAUUUGCAAAUAAAUGAUUUUAUAAUAUAUGUAUGUAAAA